AUGAGCAGCUACCUUCCUACCGAGACCCAUCAGUUGACUCCGUUUGCGUCUCCCACGGCAGGCCGAAAGCGGUGUCUAGAUCUAGAUCUAGAUCUACCACUACUAGAUACCGGUAGUGACAGUGACACAACAAGUGUCCUCUUCCUUCCUCCCUUGCCGUUUGUAGAACGACAACAAAACCAACAAAGAGACUUGUCUUACUUUCCUCGCCGAGUGUCAGGCAGCUGUGUAGAGACCUAUGCUACUACUAGUAGUAUCAGUUCAUCUUCGAGUUGGGGAGAUGGAGAUGUCACUCCUCCACUCAGUCCCAAACCAACCAUUAAGGUCGUCAGUCCAGGGGCUACUGCAAAUACCUUCUUCAACAACAUCAACAACAACAAGCGCAUGCGAUACACUGUCGAGGAUCAGGAACAACAAGACGAAGAUACUACCUUCCGGAACAAGUCUGUCGUUACUAACACUGACACCAAUCGUCCUCGUCCUCCAAGUCCUCUAUGGGUUAUCUCACUAGAAAAGCUCCUUUUGCAGGAACAAAGGAACAGCCAGCGCAAGAAUAACACAUCAUUUCCAGUGCUACCACAGCUUCCAAAAAGCUAA